CUUCUCCCGGCCAGAAGAGCAGCUGCGGCGGUGGUGGCGGCGGCGGUGUUUGAGUGGAGGAAGAUGGCGGCUCCGGGCGGCUCCAGGUCCCGCCGUCGGUGAGGAGUGUCGAGUGCGGCAAGCGAGGCCUGAGGCGGGGCGCCUCUGCUCCGGCCGUGUCCCCGGCUCCUUCCCCGCCGUCGCCAGCGGAGCGAACCCGGGAGCGUGGCGCGGGCUGGGCCAGCUAUCAAGUGGAAUGUCAUGGCCAGCUCCUCAGACAGUGAAGAUGACAGUUUCAUGGCUGUGGACCAAGAAGAAACUGUGUUGGAAGGGACAAUGGAGCAAGAUGAGGAGCCCCACCCAGUAUUGGAGGUUGAGGAGACUAGACAUAAUAGGUCCAUGUCUGAACUGCCAGAAGAGGUUUUGGAGUAUAUCCUGUCCUUUCUUUCACCGUACCAGGAACACAAAACUGCAGCCCUUGUCUGCAAACAGUGGUAUCGACUUAUCAAAGGUGUAGCCCACCAGUGUUACCAUGGUUUCAUAAAGGCUGUCCAGGAAGGAAACAUUCAGUGGGAGAGUCGGACUUACCCUUAUCCUGGAACCCCGAUCACCCAGCGGUUCUCACACAGUGCAUGCUACUAUGAUGCUAAUCAGUCUAUGUACGUAUUUGGAGGCUGUACCCAGAGCAGCUGCAAUGCCGCCUUUAAUGACCUCUGGAGACUUGACCUAAAUAGCAAAGAGUGGAUCCGACCUUUGGCUUCAGGGUCCUAUCCUUCACCCAAAGCCGGAGCGACUCUGGUCGUGUACAAGGACCUGCUGGUGCUGUUUGGUGGCUGGACGCGGCCAAGCCCUUAUCCCCUACACCAACCAGAGAGAUUCUUUGAUGAAAUACACACUUACUCACCCUCUAAAAACUGGUGGAACUGCAUCGUGACGACUCAUGGGCCACCCCCCAUGGCCGGCCAUUCCUCCUGUGUGAUAGAUGAUAAAAUGAUUGUCUUUGGUGGCUCCUUAGGAUCCCGGCAAAUGAGCAACGAUGUCUGGGUCCUUGACCUUGAGCAGUGGGCAUGGUCCAAGCCGAACAUCUCCGGCCCUAGUCCUCAUCCUCGAGGUGGCCAAUCUCAGAUUGUCAUAGAUGAUGCAACUAUCUUAAUCCUUGGAGGGUGUGGUGGUCCCAAUGCUCUGUUCAAGGAUGCAUGGUUGUUGCACAUUCACUCAGGUCCCUGGGCCUGGCAGCCACUCAAGGUAGAAAACGAAGAUCAUGGGGCCCCAGAACUGUGGUGCCAUCCAGCUUGCCGGGUGGGGCAGUGUGUGGUGGUCUUCAGCCAGGCUCCUAGUGGGAGAGCCCCACUCAGCCCCAGUUUGAACUCUCGCCCUUCACCUAUCAGUGCCACUCCUCCAGCCCUGGUUCCCGAAACCCGAGAGUACCGCUCUCAGUCUCCAGUGAGAAGUAUGGAUGAAGCUCCUUGUGUUAAUGGCCGCUGGGGAACACUGAGGCCCAGAGCUCAAAGGCAGACCCCGUCAAGUUCCCGGGAAGGGAGCCUUUCCCCAGCCAGAGGAGAUGGCUCUCCCCUCCUCAACGGUGGGAGCUUGUCUCCAGGAACAGCGGCUGUAGGCGGCCCUUCCUUGGACAGCCCGGUCCAGGCCAUGUCUCCCAGCACCCCCUCUGCCACGGAAGGAUGUGACCUAAAAAGGGGGCUUUCUUUGGGCCCCCGACGAGGGUCACUGCCAGACCAGAAAGACCUGCGAUUAGGGGCAAUAGAUCUAGCUUGGGACCUGAAACCCAGUUCCAACAUGGAUGGUGUGGACAACAGGACAGUUGGGGGCAGUAUGAGACACCCUCCUGAACAGACGAAUGGUGUGCAUACCCCACCACAUGUGGCCAGUGCCCUUGCAGGAGCUGUCUCCCCAAGUGCCCUGCGUCGGAGCCUGGAAGCGAUCAAAGCAAUGUCAUCCAAAGGCCCCUCAGCCUCUGCAGCACUAAGUCCUCCUCUGGGGUCUUCUCCAGGCUCCCCCGGGAGCCAGAACCUAAGCAGCGGAGAAACAGCGCCCGUUCCCCGCUCGGGGCCUGCCCAAGGAGAUGGACAUUCCUUACCUCCUAUUGCCCGCCGUCUGGGCCACCACCCUCCACAGUCCUUAAAUGUUGGCAAACCCUUGUACCAGAGUAUGAACUGCAAGCCCAUGCAGAUGUAUGUGCUGGACAUUAAAGACACCAAGGAGAAGGGGCGGGUCAAAUGGAAAGUGUUUAAUAGCAGCUCUGUGGUCGGGCCCCCUGAAACCAGCCUGCAUACAGUGGUGCAAGGCAGGGGUGAGCUCAUCGUGUUUGGAGGGCUCAUGGACAAGAAGCAGAAUGUGAAGUACUAUCCAAAAACAAACGCCUUGUACUUUGUGCGAGCAAAGAGAUAAUGUGUUCUAAAUCCCUUUCCCUCUCUGUGGCUUUUAAUUUGGAAUUUUCCAGUGUGCAAGCAUUUGGACUGAGAAUUGGGAAAACAAAGGACAAAAUUACUCCCAUAAACCAAAACCCCAAUUCCCAACCUCACUCACUCCAGGCUGGGAUCAAAUCUCCAUUAAGAAAAAAGAUUAUAUAUAAACAUAUAAAUAUAUAUUAUAUAGCCAACUCUGUUUACAAAGAGGGAGAGAUCUCCGUCCUGGUUCAGAUAAAAUUGUUGCUGUGUUUUAGCAGAGGCUGUGCUGCCUUUUUGUACUUUGCUGGUAACUAGACCAAGAAUUUAGGGAACAGACUAACAUCAGAACUUUCCUACAGAAACUGAAGAGCCCCCUGUAAAUCUUUGUGUGGCCUUCUCGGAGUUAGAAAAAGAAAGGGCAUGCAUAAGAUGCACAAGUAGAGGUUUCAGAUUCACAUCCUUCAGGUGCGGGCAAGGUAAAGUAACCUGUAGGAAAUCGUUCUUCUCCUUCUAAAACCACAGAGGACCUGUGAAGACUUCUUUGUAGUAGUGCCCUGUGCUUGGCCCCAUUCUGCCCUUGGUGACUGAGGAAAGUUACCCAACAAGGGAUUUGUCUUCUGCGCCUGUGUGCCAGGAUCAUCGUGAAACAAUGUUUAUGCAGCUGUGCCUGCCCACCUAGUGUGCACUGGUCUUUUGAGUGCUCCCUCCACGUCUCUGAAAAUGUUUUGGUGUCUGAUUGUGGAAUUUUCUGACAAUCAUAUUUGGUUGCAAGUUGCCAAAAACCACAUUUGUUCUUCUUUUCCUUCCCUUAAAACUUGAUCCUCAGAGGCUGCCUUUUCAUUUAUAGACUGCUUUUCUUUCUUUUUUUUUUUAAUGUAUGUGGAUUUUUUCUUUUUUUUAGGCCCUAAAACCUUUCUCACUUUCUGUUUCUUUUACAAAGCUCAAGUACCCAGAGAAAUCUCUUAGAAAUAUUUCUGGAACCUUUCUCUGGGGGGCCAGUAGGGAAUUCCAAGAUGCCAGUAUCAUGAGAAGUCGUUGAAGCAUCAAAAGAUGCUGUUUUUUUCCAUAUGGGCCGCUUUUUACUUUCAAAGCCCAUUGGGCACACCCAUCUAUAUUUGUAGAAUGUGGAAAUUGAUCUUAGAAGGGAAUCCCAAUAACAGUUCCUUCUAGAAAUGAUUUUUGCCCCUGUCAUGACAUGCAUUUCUCUGCCUGGCUGUUGAGUGGUGAUUGCUUGGCCUCUGAUGCAUGGCUGACCUUGGGAGCAGCUCCUUCAUUGUGACUGUCUUGUUCACAUGCCACCCAAACAAGGCUUGGGUUUUUACUUUCACGUCAUUUCUGAGAUAAGGUGCAACCAACUAGAGCAUUUCUUUGGUUGAUACGGGAAGUUACAAAUUACCAGUCUCUAACCCAUGGCCUGGACAUAGGAGAUGUUGGCACCACAUAAAUGUGGAUGUUUGGUUAUUUCUUAUCAGUGGAAAGAGGAUUUUUAUUUUGCCUUUAGGAUUUAAAUUUCAAAGCAUUGCAUUUUCCAUCCUCACACUCCCCUUUGUCUUGUUAACAUUUCCCAAGCAAAGCCUGCUGCAGCUGACCCUGGGUCCUGGCAUUCACUCAGCACUUAGCAGUCUGUCUGAUAAGUGUGUUUUCUCCUGUUACAUCAUGUUGAAUCCUUUCCCCUAGCCAUUAGCUUUUACAAUGUGGUCUUGGAAGAGCCCCCCUGGUGCCAAGCCCAGGGAAAGGCCAGCUCACAGGGAGGGAUAUGUAUUCCAGAAGCUUCUCUGUGUUCCCUUAGAUGAGGAAACUACCAUAUGCCUACGUACUGUGGUGUCCAGCUGCUUGUAGCUCAGCACUUCGCUUUCCAGACUCCCUGCUCUGGGGCUUUUGCAGCCCUUCUUUGGCAAAGACUGUUAGAUCAUAUGGGAUCCUUAUUUACAAGAGAAAGCUAGCCUAGAAGAUAAGCAAUUUUGGCAUUAUUGCUGCUGCUGAACGUUGUUUAUGACAUUGCACUUGUGCAUGAACAGUGCUUCCAAAUUCAGUUCCUAUUUAAAUAGAAAGUAUUUGGAAGCCUGAAAGUUCAGAAUCUCAACUUUGUAAUCUUUCCCUUUGUCCUGUGGCCUUCCUAAGCCAGCUGUUAGCUUGUUGAUUCCUUCUACUUUCCCCAGGUAGGCAGGCAUUGAGAUGCUGGUUCUCCUAGAAAGUACCCCAGCUCCCUGGAACUCCCUGGCACCCCAGUGUUACCCACACCCCUCAGAACCGGACUGUCUGUUUCCAGCUGUUGAAGGAAAAUCUGCCUCGUCUGCACCCAGUGGUGUUCGUCGUGGUGGCUCCUGGGCACUGUGGGCAUAUACACCUUGGGAGAGCAACUCAACACAGUCAAGGCGAUCGUCUCCUCAGGCCACGUGCAGGGGAACUUCAGAUGUCUCAGCUGAGUGACUAUUUCCACAGCGCCGUGGAUGCUUCAGUUGGAUCAGAUUUAACCGCAGCUCCAGUUUUGACAUGAUGCCAAUUUUGUCUUAAAAUUCGCUGAGAAAAAUGAGACAGAAUUUUUUUUUUAACCCUCCAGGAGCACCUAAAGCAAAUAUUUAUCAGUAUUUAAGUAUUUAAAAUACAUUUUGUUUCUACUUGAAGCUUUAACCCCUUCCAUUCCUGCAAGUGUGCCUUUGAGAGCCCCUAUGUCGAAUUGACUUCAUUGGCCACCUCGUUGACCUCGUGAGAAUUUUAGUCUCUUCCUACCCUCUUGGACAGAGCUUCCGCUUUUCUUAUUUUGCAGGCUGUGCGGCAGAGAGGCUUCUGUAUUUUCGUUCAUAUUCUCACCCUUCUACACUUGGGUGGUGGGCUCCAUGAUCCCCCCCACACACACAUUUUGGGAGCACAAAUUAGACGGGGAAACAAGCUUAAGUUUAGUUGUAAGGCAAUACUGGGCUUACUUUCCUCCCAGCCCUCUGCGGAUUGAUUUUGAUUUUAAUGUUUGAGUUUUAUAUGAAGAGCUGAAACCAUGAACUAUUUAGGAACUGUGUUGGAACUCUUUAAAAUAAAGGAAAGAAGAGGAGGAAGAAAGAAAACCAACGUAAGAAGUCUUGUCUUUGGGGGACAGAAUGCCGCCAGCUGACGGAGAACAAAGGGGCGCUUCCCUUUCCUUUCACUCUGUCUUUCUGGGUUUCCUUCUGCUCUGCUGCUUUUCUUCCCCUUAAAGGUGAUAUUCCUGGUUGGUUUGUCUGUUUGUCCUUGUCUGUGUGGCGAUCCUGGCAUGGUGAUGUGCUCUGCUUUGCAUUAUCUGUGGUCUCUUACCAGCACACAAGUCAGGGGGAGGAUCUGAACACCCAGGGGCAAGGAAGCUGAACUGCAAGGCCUGCGUCCCGGUGCAGCCUCCCCACGAACUGCAGGAGGCAUGUUCUGCAUGGUCACCAGUAAGUGGCUCCCUCUCACCAGGUUCAUUGUCAAAUGAAAGCAACCCUUAAGCAUUGGCUCCAUCUGUACUCUCUCUCCCCGCUCUGCUCCCCUCCCACCAACCAGGGUUCAUGUCAGGGCACACCCAUUGUGCCCUGGCGAAGCUGGUGCUGUGAGUGAUGUUUUCCAUACGACUCGGGGGUCCCGGGUGGCUUACCCUGAGAUGAUCAUUUUAGGCACAUAAGUGUAGGAAUGAAAAGUGGAUUUGAUUUCAUUGAUAUUUAAAUCUGUCAAUUUCGUUUUUUGUUAAUGUUUUCCCUUGAUGACUUUUUAGCAAUUUAACAAAUAAAACAAAAUG